AUGUACACUAAGUAUCCCUCAAGCAAACGAUUAAAACGAAACACAUCACAUAUCUUCACUCAUACAAGUUCAAGUGAUGUAUACAGUAACCUUGAUUUUCUGACAGGAGCUAUUAAUGCUAAUGAUCCUCUUCUAUUAUUAUUAUUAUCUGGUCGAAUAACAAAUAGUUCAUUUUCGGAUUUAUAUAAAAGAAGUAAACAAAUUGGAUGGGAACAAUUAUUUAUUGAUGAAAGAAGUAAAUUAAAAUUAGAUGAAAAAUCUAAAAUCAAACGAAUUAUGUUGAAUCGAUUAAUACAUGCAUGUUCCAAAAUUUCAGGAAAUUUUGAUCAACAAAUUCAACUAUUAAUUGAAGAGAUGAAAAAUCAAAUGUCAGAUCCUAUAUCACCAGAACGAGAUCAUUAUAUUCGUUUAAGAUUAUAUGAAGAAAUAAAAGCAUGGGUACGAACACAAUGUGAACGACGUUUAUUUUAUAAAGAACAGGAACAGUUAUGUAAUUUACUCACAUUACAAAGACUUAUGACUGAUCAAUUUAUCGAACUUAUUACUUCAUUUAAUCAAAAUCCUCAUGUUUCGCAGUUAGAAUACCAAACAGCUCUUAUGGAACUUUUCAAACUUUCAUUGGUUAUUGUUGUUCAACCGUCGGGUACAGAUUGUAUAGCGGCCACUAAAUAUGAGAAAGUUGGCAAUAAUUUCUUGGCUAAAGUAAAAACACGUAUUAUCUCUCUAUUAGAUCCAACUAGAGUCGAUAAAUAUUUGAAAAUAUCAGAUAUUGAUGUUAUACUUCAACCAAAUGACAGUAUAAUAGAUCCUGAUGGCGAUAGACAAUCACCUCUCGCAUGGACAAUAAGAAAAAUUAUGACAACUGAAAAUACUGAAAGAACAUUUUUAUAUGCUGAAUUAAAAGAAAAUGAUUUUAUUAAGUUGACAAAAUUGAACGGUAGUCGAAGACCUUUAUAUAAUAGAGAAUUAUGUAAAUUACAAUUUGAAACAAAAUUUGAACUGAUAAACAAUAUUAUACCGAUUGAAGUAUCUGUUAGAUUUACUUCACAAUUAUUUGGUUUAUGUUCACAUUCGAAAUAUUAUCCAAAAUAUUUAGCUAAAGUAUUUAUUGCAGAAGUAGAUGAAAUACAAAAAAAUAUUGAUCUUAAUACGCAUAUCAAUGUUUUAAAAGGAUAUGUUUUUGAAUUUCAUAAACGUUGUACUAGUGUUGAAGUAAAAUUACAUACUCAACAAUUCAUUGUACAAAGUUUACAAGAAUUUUAUGAAAUAUUUAAACAAUCUGCAUCAUCUCCUACUGCACCUGUAAUGUUCUUCUCUUGGAAUAUAUAUGAAGAUGUUUUGAUAAAAUUAUUCAAUCAAAUUAAAUUUUUAGCAACCCGCCCAUACCUUGCAAUGAUGUAUCAUGACAAUCUAUUUCGCGGAAUAAGUAGUGAUACCAUUGAUGAGAAAAUAAGUCAGAAUAUUUCUAACAGAUCUUCGAUAUUAUUACGAUUUCAAAUAUUUCAUGAGCAAGAUCCAGCAAAACCUCCAAAUAUUAUUGUUGUCAAAUAUAAUAAUGUAUUAACUCGAACAUCUAUAACUCAUGAUUAUUUUAUUAAUGAUAUGUGUAAAUGUUGUCAAAAAACAGCAGAAAAUGAUGUAAAUUCUUUAGAAAUAUUUAAUGAUGAUAAGACUCUUCCUUUUUACAUGUUUCAUUCCUAUUAUGAUAAUGGACUGACUCGAGAUAAUUUAAUUCAAGUUGAUGAUAAUACAAUGUUUCAUGUAAAUUCCAUACAAAAUGAUCAAUGUCAAUCAACUGAAGAACAAAAUCUAAUACAUAAAUUUCAUUUGUCAGCACAAUUUACAGGAAAUAAAGAUUUAACUAACAAAGCUAUUUCAUUUCUACGUGAACAAUUCAUUUAUUGGUGUAGAAGUCAAAAUAUAACUGGUACUUUAUGUCAGAGUUCAAUGGAACAAGAGACAGAUUUAUCUGAUACCAAUGAAAGACAUCUUUUUGAUGAAAUUCUAUCUCAUAUUGAACUUGAUGAAUUUUUUUCAGGAAAAUAA